AUGGGCCACGCGAAUCCCCCGGUACCCGCCAGCGGGUUCCAGGCUCUCAUCCUCUGCGGUCCUGGAGAGUCUCUCAACACGAUCUCUUCCAACCCCGAAGAGAACCCCAAGGCUCUCAUUCCAAUUGCGUUGAAGCCAAUGAUCACCUGGGUGAUCGAGUGGUGUAAACGGGCAGGAAUUAACGACAUCACACUAGUCACACCACCCUCCGCUCUGGCACCACUGAAGGCCGCCCUACAGCAAAACCCUUACCUCACCUCACUCCCCUCGCCCUCACCCACCGUGAUAGCCCCGAAGGACCUCCAGAUGACGAUGGCAACGGCCGAACUACUCCGGUUGCCGGAAGUCCAGGACUGCAUCAAGACGAACUUCCUGCUCCUCCCCUGCGACCUUUUGUGCGACCUUCCCGGCGAACAUCUCCUAGAGGCCUGGAUGGUCUCAAUGGCUGAAGGCAGGAAUGGGGGCCUGUGCGUGUACUAUCCCGCCAAGGGCAUUGAGGACGAAGUCAAGAAAGAGCCGCGGGACUUUGUCGCCCUCACCCCACUUGAGCAGGACGAAGUGCCGGCCGUCUCGCGGUACAACCUGUCGAAGCUCGUCAUGUCCAUGCCAAUGGACACUCUCAAAGAACAGAUGGAAGAAGACAAGGGCUUCUUAGUCCGCCAUUCCCUGGUUGAAAAGCAUGCUUCAGUCAAAAUGCUGACAAGUUACCGCGACGCUCACCUGUAUAUCUUCCCCUUGUGGGUGAAACACCUCGCCCGGCACCAGGAGCGGUUCGAAUCCGUGAGUGAAGAUCUCAUUGGAUAUUGGGCGAAGGCGGAGUGGCAGCGUGGCCUGGGCGAGAAGCUUGGCAUCAAUAAGAUUGUGGGCACUCGGGAUGAGUCGCAAGAAGAGCAGGGAAGUAACGACGGCCACACGCUGGAGGAAGAGAUUGACCUCCGUGGUAUGACGACUACAAUCGCAUCAUCGGCCCAUGAUGCUUCGGAAAAAUCGAAUAAAAAGACCACACCCGAGGAAGUGCCUCCGAUACUAGCAUAUGUUACGAAGCCGUCCACGCAGUUUUGUCGACGAGUGGACUCUAGCGCGGUUCUUCUUGCCACCUCGCUUCGCCUUGCCAAGCUGGAGUGUGUUGAAGACGUUGGUCGUGCUGCUGCUUCGCCAUUCGCCCACCAGCGUAAGAUCGCCGAUCCAGAAGGCAUACAUCAGCGCUCACUUGUCACGAAAGCGGAUUGUCUGCUGGCGCCCAAUGUCACUGUUGAAGAAAAGUGUGUUAUUAAGGAGUGUGUUCUCGGCACGAAUGUGAAGAUCUGCAGUGGCGCUCGUCUAACGCGGUGUGUUAUCAUGGAUAACGCUGUGAUCGAGGCCAAGUGUGUUCUUAGUGGGUGUAUUGUGGGCCGGUAUGGCAAAAUCGGACCCAAUUCGGUCCUCAAGGACUGUGAGGUACAGGAUGGUGUCAUGGUCGAGGAAGAGACAGAUGCAAAGAACGAGCAGUUUAUGAGCUUCGAGGGCCUUGAUGAAGAUGACGAUGAUGGCAUGGAUGUUGAUGAAGACGAGGAUGAUAACGACCAAGCUUUCUAG